AUAUUUCAGUGCAGAUCUAGGGAGAAAGGCUUUGCAGUAACAUGGGAAGAUACCCUGUGGCUCUUCAAAUCAGCAACUCAUUCUAGCUCCAGUGCUCAUCCAGAUCUGUCACUCAUUCCCCUCUGACACCAUAUUCCUUGUACAGAUCAGUCAUGUACCUCCGACUUUGGUGGCUCCUAUUUUUAUGGGAUGUUCAAACAUAUUUUGCACAGAAUUAUUUUGAAGAAAGAAGAGUUGGGAGAUUUCGUCCCAAAGCUUUGACUGGAAACCCAGAGGAGAAAGUCUCCAACCUCAGUGAGCAAGAUGAAGACUGCAUUCUGGAAAUGGCCUUCUUACUGGACAGUUCAGAAAGCGCCAAGGACUACAACCACAAUAGAGAAAAAAAGUUUGUGUUGCAAAUGGUUGACAAGCUGAAAGAAGUGAAGCCGAAUUCUGGCCGUUCUUUCAGCUGGCGAAUGGCACUGCUACAAUACAGCAGCACCGUGGUAAUAGAACAAACGUUCAGAGACUGGAAAGGCCCAGAGAACUUCAAGUCCCGUAUAGCACCAAUAGCAUACAUUGGCCAUGGAACAUACACAUCCUAUGCCAUAACAAACCUUACCCAAAUCUAUAUGAAUGAAGGGACACAUAAAAGUGUCAAAGUAGCCAUCCUUAUAACAGACGGAGUCGACCAUCCAAGAAACCCUGAUAUUUUUGCAGCCACAUCAAAUGCAAAACAUCACGAUAUCAAGCUUUUCACCGUGGGAAUGACUUCUGUAGCCAAAGAAACAGCCAAUAAUGCAAAACUCAGAUUGCUGGCCAGUGUCCCUGCUACAAGAUUUGUGUUCCAUAUGCUGGACCCUGAUGUGGUGGAUAAAAUCCUGAAGGAAGUGAAAGAACUUGCAGAGGAAGGGUGUCCCCGAGUCUGCUCAUGUGAGAAAGGAGAAAGAGGACUCCCAGGGCCUGCAGGUAAAAAAGGACGACCAGGUGAUGAUGGCAUCCCUGGACCAAAGGGAAUAAAGGGUGAAGCUGGACUAAACGGAAUUCCUGGGAGAGAUGGACUUGAGGGGAAGCCGGGGUACAAAGGAGAGCCGGGUGAAAGAGGGGAAUGUGGAAUACCAGGCAUAAAAGGAGACAGAGGUCCAGAGGGUCCAACUGGCCCUAGAGGAUUAAGAGGUAUACAGGGAAUUCAAGGGCCUCCAGGUGAUCAGGGACCAGAAGGCUUUCAAGGAUCAAAGGGUGACAGAGGCAUAUCGGGCCUUCCUGGAUUACCUGGAGAAACUGGAAUUGGAUUGCCUGGUCCUAAGGGUGAUAUUGGAAUACAAGGCCGACCUGGCCCAAGUGGACCUCCGGGAAUUGGAGAACCAGGACCAGCAGGGCCUCAAGGAUCACAAGGUGUUCCGGGAGAAAGAGGCACACCAGGGGAAGGGCUGCCUGGACCAAAGGGAGACCGAGGAUUUGAAGGGCCCAGAGGACCACGUGGUCAACAAGGACUCGGCAUUAAAGGUGACAAGGGGGACUUUGGACCUCCUGGUUUGCCUGGGCCUGUUGGUUUAACUGGUGCUGGAAUUCAAGGAGAAAAGGGAAUACAAGGUCCUGUAGGACCAGCUGGAAUGAGGGGACCACCAGGAGAAGGAUUAAUAGGAUCCAAGGGUGAGCAAGGCCUACCCGGAGAGUCUGGAGUACCUGGAGAACGAGGGAUUGGUGAACCAGGCGCCAAGGGAGAACCGGGGUCUACGGGAUUAGCUGGAUUACCUGGUCUACCCGGUGAGGACGGAGCCCCUGGACAAAAGGGGGAGCCAGGGCUGCCAGGUCUCAGAGGCCCUGAAGGGUCCCCCGGCAUUGGCAUACAAGGUGAAAAGGGUGACCAAGGUCAGCGAGGUAUUCGUGGAUUGACAGGACCCCCUGGACCCUCUGGCCCAUCAGGACCAAAAGGUGAACCUGGUGCCCCAGGACGUCUCGGAAUGCCGGGUCUUCCAGGUCGCGCUAUUGUUGGUCCUAAGGGUGACCUUGGCCUUCCAGGGCCUCAGGGAUUAAUAGGGGAACCAGGCAUUGGCAUUGUUGGUCCAAAGGGUGACAGAGGUGGCCCAGGACCACCAGGACCAUUUGGACCAAAAGGAGAUGGUUACCCAGGUCUACCCGGGAUGCCUGGGAUGCCUGGACCUCAGGGAGAACCUGGACCUGAAGGAAUCGGACUUCCAGGAUCAAAGGGUGAUCAAGGUGCAAGAGGACCUUUAGGUCUUCCUGGUCCCCCAGGAGAAGGAUUAUUAGGACCUAAAGGUAAUCAAGGGAAAACAGGAUUGCCCGGUCAACAAGGUCCCCCAGGGGAAGGUAUACAAGGGCCAAAGGGAGAACAAGGAAUUCAUGGAGGACCAGGCCCCCGUGGACCUCCAGGAGAAGGACUUCUAGGUCCCAAGGGUGAUCGUGGUGCUCCUGGUGAAAGAGGAAGAAAAGGAGAUAAAGGUGACAUUGGAGAAAGUGGAGCUCCAGGGGAAGUUGGGAGACCUGGCGUAAAGGGAGAAGUUGGACUAACGAGAGAAGAUAUCAUUAAGUUAAUCAAGGAAAUCUGUGGCUGUGGUGUUAAGUGCAAGGAGAUCCCUAUGGAGCUGGUGUUUGUAAUUGAUAGCUCUGAGAGCGUGGGGCCUGAAAACUUUGAAAUCAUCAAGGACUUUGUGACAGCUCUGGUGGACAGGGUGACCGUGGGCAGAAAUGCCACUCGCAUUGGACUCGUCCUCUACAGUUUGGAUGUCCAACUAGAAUUUGGGCUGAACAGGUUCACCACCCAGCAAGAUGUAAAGCAAGCCAUAAGGAAGAUGAUGUACAUGGGAGAGGGCACAUACACUGGCACAGCUAUACGUAAAGCAACACAGGAAGGUUUUUUUGGAGCUAGAACAGGAGUGCGAAAAGUGGCCAUUGUACUAACAGAUGGACAGACAGACAAGAGAGAAUCGGUGAAGUUGGACAUUGCUGUCCGCGAGGCUCAAGCUGCUAACAUUGAAAUGUACGCCAUUGGAAUUGUCAAUGCGUCUGACCCUACACAGGUCGACUUCUUGCGGGAGCUGAACCUCAUUGCUUCUGACCCUGACAGUGAACACAUGUAUCUGAUUGAUGAUUUCAACACCCUUCCAGCUCUGGAAUCCAAACUGGUUAAUCAGUUCUGUGAAGAUGAGAACGGAGCUCUUAUUUACAACAGGAUUGGAAGUACAAUAAAUUCAAUGGUCAUGCAAAAGGGAUCUCUUAGUUCCACUCACUCAAUAAGUCAAAUCAACAGGGAAAGGUACAAUCUAUACAACAGACAGAUUGAACUGGAAAAUGAAAAGAAAACAGCACAAACAGAGGAGAAGUAUCAACCGCAACCCCAACCAACCAUAGUAAUUAAACUGCAAGAGGAAGAGGAGGAGGACUAUGAUGAAGAGGAAGAGGAGUCAGAAAACAUUACAGGUGGUUUGGACACAAGAGGAACAGUAAUAUCAUCUUCCACGCAAACAUCUUCAUCAUCUCAAUCAUCGUCAUCUUCAUCUUCUUCGUCAUCAUCCCAAUCUUCCUCCUCAUCCACGCAGCCCAUAUCAACAUCCAAAUCCACAUCGACAGUGAUAUUGUCACCAUCGGGUUCCUCUGUGCUCAUUGAGCCAUCAGUACCUAAAACAGUAUUCAUCCAGGAUGCACGAUGUACUCUGAUUUUGGACCAGGGUCCAUGCCGAACAUACAUCAUUAAAUGGUACUAUGAUAAACAAGCCAAUUCCUGCGCUCAGUUCUGGUUUGGUGGCUGCAAUGGAAACAGUAAUCGUUUUGAUACGGAAGAAGAGUGCAAGAAAAUCUGUGUGUUCAACGGAGAGGGAGAAAUCUAAUGGAGAUUCUGCGGCUAUGAGGCGACGGGUUCCUGAUCAUGAAACUGAAGGAUGAAAGUGUUGGGCACUCCUGUUAUAUAUGCUCUGAAUGUAUAUACAUAUGGCAGAAACACUGACGGAAGGUUGAAUUGCUGACGUUUUCAGAUUUAUCUGAAAAUCACAGAUUUUAAUCCUCAACAAUAGGUCAAAAUUGAGGGGAAUCUGUAUUUGACCCGGGACGCUCCAGUGUUGUUCAUUUUCUACAGGUCAUGUGAUCAGAUCUCUGAUGUGUCCAUAUUUAUUACCUGUAUGUUUUAUACUGUCCUUUCUGUACCUAGAUUUGUGUGCCUUCACUUUCCAAGGCGCAUGUUUUUAAUGAAUGCAGGACUGCAAAUUGUGCUCUUUUUAAAUGGCAAUAAAAUGUGAUGUAAAUUGCACUGUUAA